CGGCGGGCGCGCAGCCGAGGAACCCGCCCAGGCGGCAGGUGAUUGGCUGGAAGGCCCCACCGCCAUCAGAGCCAAUCAGCGAGAGGGACGGGAUGACACAUCCGCGGAUGGAUUCAUUUCCUCUCGGCGCUUCACUUCAUAAAAUGCAUACUCCGGACAGGCAUGCAACAUCCAACCAGAAUGCCGGCCUACACAGACCCCUCUUGAUCCUCUAGCAGCUCACCACCAACCAUGCACCAUGAGCAAGCGUUCCUACGGAGAGUCAUUAUCCCAAGGUGGCUCUCAGCCGCCCGAGCAUAUCGAUAACAAUCAUAUGCUGCCCAUCAACGACCUCCUGUCCCCCGAUCAGGACCAGCAAUCCGCCUCGUCAUCUAAGAAACCCCGUAAUUUCAUCGCCACUGUGGCUUGUGAAACAUGCCGACUCAAAAAGACCCGAUGUGACGAAUCCAGACCAAAAUGUGGCUUGUGCAAAGCUCUUGGUCUGGAGUGUGUCUACAAUGAGCGGAAAUCCUCGAAACGAGACCAUUCCCUGAGCUUGAUUAUGAGCACUCUCCAUCGGCUAGAGACCAAGCUCGAAAAUCUCCCGUUGGCAAUUAGUCAUGACCUCCAGUCCCUCCAGGGACAGAUGCUUCAUGCUCUUGACGAUCCUGUAGAAAUCGCAACCCCAGGACGCGGGAACCAAAAGGCCAGUAAGCAAGCAUCGUUGGCGCAUCCGGUAACGCAGGACCUCACGCCCGAUGCCGGGGAACCUGAUGACUUUGAGUUCGAUGAGCGUGCAAAUGCGACCAACCCGCUGGGCCAGAUUUCGAUCUCCUUUAGCCAACACGGUGUCAUCCUUUGGCCGGGGGCCCGGGAGAUUCUUCCAACAAGACUUCUCGAAGCCCAUGAACGAUUGGGGAAAAACUAUGUGAUAGAGACUGAAAUGAAGCGGCCCCAGCUACCCAUGUACAUCUCCUCAUUCCCGCAACAGGCCGGGAAUGACUGGUUAGAGGCGCUUCCGCUCGCGAUGGUCAAAGGCCUGUCCGAUGCGUUUUUCUCGACCUUCAACCCUUUCACCCCCAUCAUGGAUAAGAACUUCUACUUUGCACUGACCCUUGGGGCUGCCAUUGAGGACGGUUUUGGCUAUACAAUGGAGAGCUGCCUCGUUCUCAAUGUUAUGGCCCUAGGGUGCCUUGCUGUUCAGGCCCACAGGGAAGGUAACUAUCCGUUGCCAGGCUCCCGAAGUGGUCAAUUCGACCCCCCAGAGUGGUUGGAUGUAAUUUACGAGGAUCCGCCGGGACUGCGCUUCUUCAAUGAAGCUCGCCGCCGUAUCGGCUUUUUGAUGUGCACUAAUGAUAUCCAAAGCUGCCAGUUCUACCUUUUGUCGUCUGUUUACUACAGCCAGAUCCUUCGGGUUAUGGAUUCGUGGGCUAUGCUUCACCGCGCAGCUACUUGCUGCCUAUCAAUGCUAACCAACCAUGAUGUCAAUUUCAACGAAUGGGAGGGCGACAUGAAGUCGCGCGUCUACUGGAACUGCGUUAUGAAUGAGACCAUUCUCGUGCAAGAAUUACAUCUCCCCCCAAGCGGACUUGCUCGGCUAGAGGAAUUCGUGCCUAUUCCAAAGUUCAUCAGUUUCGAAACCGUCGGCCUUGGACCUUCCAGGGCAUCUUCCACGGAUGAGAUCGACGACUCCUUUUUCCAAUAUCACUUCCUCGCGCAGGUCGCUCACCGUAUUAUCUUGACCCGUAUCCGGCAUUCCUUAUACUUCUACUCCGACUCGGGAACAUUCCCACUUCCUGCAAUCAACGCAGAGCUUCACCACCAACUGGAUCAAUGGCGUCUCAACCUGCCCCCGGCGCUUCAGUUCUCUGACACUCUCCCAACCACGCCGACGGCUGAAACCCCUGCCGCUCCGUCCCCAUCCCCCAUAUCGCCCCAUCCUUUCAACCUCAACCGUCCUCUAUCACCGGCCGUCGCCGUGUCGGAGGCCAUGCUCCGCGGUCGGUACAAGAUCGCCAAAUUCCACAUCGGUCGUCCAUAUCUGUACAAAGCUCUCCGCAUCCCGGGCUCGCUCUCCGACGACGAUCUCGAUCAAAUGCGCAGCGGCCUCCGCAACGCCAUGGACUGGCCCGUAGUCGGAGGUCUCUUUCGAUCCAUGAAAAGUUGCAUCCCAAUCAGAUUCGCCUUUUGCUCCCAGUUCUUCGGCCAGAUUCUUCUCUUUUACUGUAUUUCCCACUCUUCGGAUCCCCGACUGCGGAGCACUUUGCCUACGGGCUGGGAACGAUGGAAUCACGAAAUGUUGCGCUUCCUGGAAGACUGCGCGCUUUACAGCCCGGCCGUUGCGAAAGAUCUGGAGCUUUUGCGACUCCUGUGAUGAAGGAUUGGUUUCUGGUUGGUUUGGACCGCUCACCUCCUGAAUGUUUCUCAUGUCCGGGUUUCGAAUGAGUAUCAACAUGUAUUGUACGAUAAGAUUUCGCUAUGAUUAAUGUAAACGUCUUCAAUGAUGAGGUAAGAGGAGUUCAG